AUGGAUUGGCAGCAGCCACCACCGGCAGGGGCGGCACCAGGCGCGGCGACGCAGCUGCCGCCGCCGGUCACCACCGGCUCAGCGGCCGCCCCGCCGCACCACGCCAAGACGACGCAGAUGGUGCGGCCGCCUGUGCCGCUGGGCCCCGUGGCCGCAGCACCCACCAAACGCGUGGGUCGCAAGGGCGCUGGCCGUCGUAUCAUGUCGGUCGGUGCUGCAGAGCCAGAGGAGCUCGUCAAGCUGGGGCCCGAGAUCAGCCGCACCAGCGAGCGGCUGCGCACGGGUUGGCGCCCCGUCCAGCUGUCGGCCGAGGACAAGGCGACACCGGUGGUGCUGGAUGACAGGCAGCUGACUGCUAGCAGCAGCGCCGGCUACAGCAUGGUGCGGGCCACGCACGGCGCCUUUACUGGCACCUGGUACUACGAAGUGAAGGUCGACCAGCUGGGGCCCACUGGCGCUGCUCGAAUCGGGUGGUCCACACGGCACGCGGAGCUGAACGCCCCUGUGGGUGCCGACAAGUGCGGCUUCAGCUACCGCAGCGCACAGGGCAGCAAGGUACAUGCAGCAUGGCGGGAUGACUAUGGGGAGCCCUUUGGGCAGGGAGAUGUCGUGGGCUGCGUGCUGCACAUGCCCGAGGGCGGGCGGCCAUUUGAGCGGGGAGUUGCGGAUGUGGUGAAGUACAAAGGCAAGCUGUACUUUGAGGAGCAAGAGCAGGCCGACCCCCAGAAACUGCCUGGCAGCUUUGUGGCCUUCACGCUCAAUGGCAGGCUGCAGGGCAAGGCGUACGAAGACAUUGCAGAGGGCACCUACUGCCCCGCCAUCUCUCUCUAUACCAACCCCACGAAGCAACAGACCGCAGCGACCGUGACUGUCAACUUUGGAGAGCAGGGCUUUGCGUUUGACCCGCCCCAGAUAGACGGCUGCCAGACGCCGCGGCCAGCCUUUGAAAUGGCAGGACCGCGCCCUGGGCAGCAGCAGCAGCAGCCAGAGCAGCGGCUGUCAGCUCAAGGGCAGGCGGCUUCAGAGCAGCUAGAGCAGCAGCAGGCGCGGCAGGCAACGGAACCACCAGAGCAGCACCUGCAGCAGGAGGUUCGGCCCAUGGAGGUUGAGCCAGGAGCCGCUCCAGCACAGCAGCAGCAGUCAGCAAGUGAACAAGCAGCGCCUGGCAGCACUGGAAUGGGUGGGUAG